AUGAUUGAAUUCAUUGAACCUGUUUUUCGUAUGUUUAAAGAUCAAAUCACGAGAACUCCAUUGAUGUAUGCGUCCAUGGCAUUAGGCUUUUCAUGUGCUGCAGUGGCUACUUGGAUCUUGCAUCUGUGUACGACCACUAGGAAGUGCAGGAACCCUGAUUGUAAAGGUCUCAUGAAGGCAGGCGAGUUCGACAUCGAAUUAGAAUCUGAGGGAUGUAUCGAGAACUCCGACACUUUGGUUGAUGAUGGUGGUGGUGAGGGAGGACUCGUCGAGUUGCCGCCCGAUCGUCACCGGGAACUGGAGGCCGAGUUGAGGGAGAUGGCACCGAGCAACGGAAGAGCCGUACUCUUGUUUCGAGCUCGGUGUGGAUGUCCGGCCGGGAGAUUGGAGGUUCCGGGACCGAAGAAGCAAAGAAAGAACAAGUAG